GCUUUAUUCCUCUCGGGUAUUAUUUAUCCUUUUCCUUGGCUAUGCUUCAGUUCUUCAUCUUCAUCUUCAUGCGUGUGGACUGAGCUCAUGCAGUGCUUGCGUCACGCUUUUAAGCAGAUGGAGAGGAGGGGGAGGGGACAUCACAGAGGGGAAAAAAGGGAAGGCGGUGGCCUGAAUCAGCGUCAGCAUCAGAACCACACAAACCAUCAUCACCAGACACCAGUGUUGAUCUGCAGGAAUACUCACACAAUAUGGAAUAUAGAAACUAAGAAGCUCCGGUAGAGCUUUCUUCAUCGCAGGCUAAAAGGUUUUGUUUGUCCAUUUGGAGGUGGAUACGCUCACAGACAUGACCUGAGACCGCCUGACAUUUUGCAUCAAUAUGGGCAACCAGGAGGCUAAGCAAAGAAGAGCUCCAGCAGCGUCUGGUAAUGGAAGCUACCCCUCAUUAGACGAGGGACUGGGCGAGGGAGGAGGGGACAUGACAAAGCGGGGUGGAAAGAAACACCACAGCAAAAAUGGAGGUAAAGUCACAGAGGCGGGAGGGAGAAUGCAUGGUUCAGGACCAGGCAGGAAGAAAAACAAAUACGAGUCCAAGUCGUCUGUUUUCUCUAUCCGGAAAAGAAAGGCUCAUCUCAAAGGGAAGGGGGAUGCAUGCUCUUCAGUAGCAGGCUCAAGUGAGGAUGUGCUAACAUCUCGAUAUGAUGACCUGACAAGCAAUAGAACACCUGAUCUGUCUGCAGAUGAGUUGGGACAGUCAGACGCUGAUGCAGGGCUCUUGGAAAGAAAGAAGAAGCAGGCUGGAGAGCAGAAACCUCACCAAGCAUCGGUUGCAGCCUCUCCUACACAGAAUGGAGAGCAGAAGGCAGGGAGUUCUAGUUCUGACACUGACAUUUACAGCUUCCACUCAGCAGCAGAGCAGGAGGACUUGCUAGCAGACAUUCAGCUUGCUAUCAGGCUCCAACACCAUCAUGGAGGUCUUGACUUAGUUGCUGAGGCAAACAUGCAACAUGAAAGUCAUUUGAGUUGCGUAGGAGAAGGGGAGACAACGUCCAUUAAGGGACUCAUACAAUCACCCCCUGCUGAAACACUUGAAUUAGAGCUUGGAUCCGAUGCACUGUUUUUGCUAGAGGAGGGAAGUGAGAAAGUCGCAGGAUUACACUUUUCUUCGUCCACAGACGUACCCAAAAGAAAGGAACACGGGGAGCUGGAGGAGCAUCAAGAGAUGAAUGAGCAUGGAAAGGAGAAAAAGUCUUCUGUCAGUGGUAUGACAAAAGACCAGCACGCCUGUCUGCAGCAGUCCCCUCCCACAGCCAUCACCAUAGCUACACUUCGCCCAGUUACCAUGACAACUAGCAGCAACAGCCUCCCCGAUCCUACACUGGACAGCACGAGUCAAAGCCCAGCAUGGCAGCAGGAAGCAGGAGGUGAAAUGAAUGAGGAGCACUGGGGGCCUCCUCUUCAUCAUCUUGCAGACAACAACAAUACAAGCAGUCAUAGCAUGGAGAGGAUGAUUUCAGGGACACCAUUUGAAGAAGGUGAGAAUGAUUGUGGCAUGGUUGCAAGUGCCGAGUGCUUGAGUACUGUGUUGGAACCAAGCCACCAUGCUUCCCCCUCCAACCAACAGAGCAGGAGAAGCAGUGUUUGCUUAACACCUUCCCAAGGGAGCCCUGCAUUGGCCAAACACAUUCUCAGGUCCAACCACUCCUCUUCUAACCCUGUGGUGAAACCCUACCCUCCCAUCUUCCCCUCCUACAUUAAAACCACCACCAGACAACUCAGCUCCCCAGGACACUCACCAGCUCUGUCCCCAUCCCUCAGCCCCAUGUCUCCACGAAGAGCCCAUCAUCACUUCCAAAGGAUGAUGGGGGGUAGUCACCAGGUCCCAAGGCAGCGCUCCCAAAGCAUCACCGGGCCUCUGAGUCGCUCGGCUGACUGGACAGAAGAGCUUGAGAGGAGAAUGGGGUGCAAGGAUGAAAAUGGUGGACGCUCUGUGGAUUUAGAAGAAUUCAGCUACAGAGGUGGAGGAAGUCAGCCCAUCUGUGCUACGAGGAGAUCUUCCUGUGGACAGGUUUCUCCUUGCAGUUUUCAGGAUGUUUUCACAGGUAGAACCCUCCUGGAGAAACUAUUCCUGCAGCACCAGCAGGAGGAGCCAGAGGAAGCUGAGAGGUUCUGCUCCAGAAUCUUGGCCAUGGGUCUUCUUCUGCCUUUUACGGAUUGCUUCAGACAGCAGCUGGGAGGCAGCACUGCACACAUCACCAGUACCGGACCAGCCAAAUUCGAUCAUGACCAGCUGUAUAAAUGGGCAGCUGUUAACCAGCCACCCAUUUCUCUUGACCAUCUUGAGGGGAAGCUACCAGGUAACCUCAAAGACUCCUGCCCUCCAGCCAGGCCGAGUGGAGAGCAGACUGGAAUCCGAUCCACAAAUCCAGGAAUCUUGGGUUUGAGGCAGCAACAAAACGAGAGCCAGCAUUGCCAGGAUGAGGUUUUCCUAAAAACAGUAAAACUGAAGGAAAAACAUGUCAAUGUCAUCCAACAACUGGAGAAAACCAUUGAAGACCUCAGGACCAAGAUUGCUGAGCUGGAGCGGCAGCCUCUGCUGCCGGACACAGACGUAAAACCUACUAAUUGCGACAAGGAAUGUGGAGGGGAAGGAGGUCUCUUUAGGGCUGUGUGUGAUGCUCACCUUCAGACUGAAUCAGCUCAGGUUCUGGGCUGUCUUGAGGCCAAAUCAGUGCAAACUUCACCAAUGGGUGACAGCUUUAAGUUUAAAGUGCCUUGUAGUGAACCAGGUGGAGUAAAUGGCCUGCAGUUGCCAUUCAGACAAUGUUCAUGUCAGCAACAACCCCAGUCUGUACCAAGUGGGACACCUCCUCUUUUGCCAGGACAACCAGCAGUAUCCAUACCAGUAGGGUCAAUACCAGCCCCACCCCCUCCUCCUCUUCCUCCUGGUAGUGUUGCUCCAUCCUCGCCUCCUCUUCUCCCUGGUGCUCCUGUGCCACCCCCACCCCCACCUCCUCUUCCUCCAGGUAGUGUUGCUCCAUCCUCUCCUCUUCUUUUCCCUGGUGGUUGUGUAGCACCCCCACCCCCUCCCCCUCCUGGUUGUGUUGCUCCACCCCCAGCUCCACCCCCACCUCCUCCUCUUCAUGGUGGUGUAGCACCACCCCCACCCCCACCCCCUCCCCUCCCUGGAGGAAUUUGUGCACCUCCACCUCCAGCCCCUGGCUGUGGGCCUCCUCCACCCCCUCCUCCUCCAGGAGCAAUCUGUGUUCCUCCACCUCUUCCAGGAGUUUGGGGCUCCUUGCCUCCUCCUCUGCCGUUGGAGCUGUAUACGCUGGGCCUGACUCAAGAGAAGCCGCCCAAGAAAGCAGUGGUGGAGCCUCCCAGACCCAUGAAGCCACUCUAUUGGACCAGAAUACAGCUACAUACCAAAAAGGAAAUAUCUACCGAGUCCGUGUGGGAGACCAUAGAAGAGCCCGAUGUGGACUUUGAGGAGUUUGUGGAGUUGUUUUCCAAAACAGCCGUCAAGGAGAAGAAGCAGCCACUUUCCGACACAAUCACCAAGUCCAAGGCCAAACAGGUUGUAAAGCUCCUAAACAACAAACGAUCUCAGGCUGUAGGAAUCCUGAUGUCCUCACUGCAUCUUGAUAUGAAAGAUAUCGAACAUGCCAUCUUGAAUUUGGACAACACAAUAGUUGACCUGGAGACCCUGCAGGCACUGUAUGAAAAUAGGGCUCUGCCAGAGGAGCUGGACAAGAUCGAGAAGCACAUGAAAUCCACAAAAGACAAAGAGAAUGCUAAACCUCUGGACAAACCUGAGCAGUUUCUUUACCAGCUCUCCUUGAUUGCCAACUUUUCUGGCCGAGUCUUUUGUAUCCUCUUCCAGUCAAGCUUUUGUGAGUGCAUGUCAUCCAUAAUGAAGAAACUGGAUACAUUGCUGAGGGUAUGUCAGGUGUUGCAGGACAGUGAAAAGGUGAAACAGAUUCUAGGUCUGGUCCUGGCUUUUGGAAAUUUCAUGAAUGGAGGAAAUCGUACAAGAGGCCAAGCUGAUGGUUUCACCCUUGACAUCCUUCCCAAACUCAAAGAUGUCAAAAGCAGUGACAGCAUGAAAAGUCUUCUGUCGUACAUCGUUACGUACUACCUGAGGAACUUUGACGAGGAUGCUGGAAAAGAGACUUGUGUUUAUCCUCUCCCUGAGCCUCACGAUUUAUUCCAGACUUCACAGAUGAAGUUUGAAGACUUCCACAAAGACUUGACUCGACUCAGAAAAGACUUGAGAGCAUGUACCUCAGAGGUGGAACGGGUGUGCAAAGCUUCAGCUGAAGAUAACCUGCAGCCUUUCAAGGUCAAAAUGGAGGAUUUUCUUUCACAAGCUAAACAUGAGCUUGAGACACUGGAAAGUCAUCUGAGCAGCACACACAAAUUGUUCCUGGAGCUCACAGUGUUCUAUUCAGUAAAGGCAAAGAGUGGAGAGAAGGAAGUUUCACCAAAUACUCUUUUCUCUAUCUGGUAUGAAUUUUCGUCUGACUUCAAGGACCUGUGGAAGAAGGAGAACAAAGCUAUUCUUAAGGAGAGGUUGAAAGUAGCAGAGGAGUGUUUCCGCCAAGCCAAAGAGAAGGCUUCCUACAGUGUCAAACCCAAACAUGCCACAGGAAUUAAAGCCAAGCUUGGCAUGAAGAUAUGACUUUGAAAGAGCGUUUGCGUUUGGGUUCCUGGUUCCUGGGUUCCAGAGCUGGUGCAGUGAUGAACUUGCUGAUAUGACAAAGAAUGCACCAUCCACUCAUGUCAUGUCAUCCACUCUGCCGGCUGCAAUAUGAUCAUGAAGAACUGAUAUUUAAAUGGUUGUAACUUGUGUGUUAAAUUAUACUUGUGAAAAAGCAUCACUCAAUCAUGCAGUCAGCACUUCACCUCACAAGCUGGAGGAACAACGAUUUAAACAUGAAUAAGUUCUUGUGGAGGUGAGAGAACUCUCAAAAUCUGUUUGAAUAUUUUUAAGAAAUGUGAAAUACUAAAAUGUAUUAAAGAUGACAUUGGGCCUCAUUCUCCAACAGAAAACUGUGUGCUUGAUUGUUAUUGUUGUUAAUUAUGCACUUUUCAAGAAUCCUGUGGUGCUUCUCCAGAAAUGCUCCAUAAGGUUGAACUUUCAAGGACGUUGGCAGACUUCUUUGAUGUAGUGAAUGAGUGUCUUCCAAGAACAGAGGAACCCAAGAUGCGAG